AGCCCAGAGAAGUCAGUCAGGGAGGGAAAAGCCUAUAGCGCCCAUCUGGUGAGGAGCGUGUUGACAUCAACCUUGAGGAACAUGGAGAAGUGUGGAGCAUGCGCAGAAGGACACGUUGACGUCACCCUUUCCUCAGGCCUUCUCUUGACUCCUCAUUGGUAGUAGAGACUGACCAAACAAUAGGCCUUGAGGGUGGUCAUUCCUGGAGCCCCACUUCUCUCUGUGGCUUCGGCCCACUACUAGUCAUGGCCCGCAAGGUCCAAUGGCAAUAUAUAUACAUUGUGAGGAAUGAGAAUGGUCCGUGAGAGCCAAAUCGGCUCUGAGGAGAGCAGCAGGGACGCCAACUCCUCUUCCUCGGGGCCUCACCAGGAGGAGCCAAGACCCUCAGCCGAGACUGUGAUUCGGAUUCCGAGGCGCCGUUCAUCACGAAGGCGGCGGCGAACCACAUUGAAGUUCACACUGGGGCAGGUUGAGGAAAUGGAAAAAUUGUUCAAAGAAACCCAGUACCCAGAUGCGCUUGCCAGGAAAGAACUUGCACAAGCUUUGAAUAUUCCUGAAGUCAAAGUGAAGACAUGGUUCGUCCAUCGGAGAGCAGAAGAGAGGAAGAGUCAGAGGCGUGUAGUAGUACAGAGCACACGUCCUCGUAUUGAGAAGGUCCUUCUUAUUAUCGAUAGGAACGACUAUCCCUAGAGUGCAAUCUUUUUUCAGGACCUAGAGGCAAAUCUGGUGACACAUGUACUCAAUGUACAGCUUCAUUAAAAUUCAUCACUCAUGUUAAAAAUAAAAACAUGAAUUUCCAAGUUA